AUGGAUCAAUCCUUCCUCCUGAUGCUCUCAAACCUCCUCCACCUCCACAACUCCAUCGACCCAACCACCUCCCUCAUCUCCUCCCCCACCUCCACCUCCUCCUCCCCCACCUCCCUCCUCACCUCCUCCUCCGCCGCCCCUCUCCUCUUCUUCACCAUCGCCUCCGUCCUCUCCUACAUCGCCUCCUCCCGCCCCUCCUCCUCCUCCUCCUCCUCUUCCUCCCCCGCCGCCUCCGACUACUCCGUCUCCGCCUUCCGCGCCCUCUCCACCGAGCACAUCUGGUCCCUCGAAGCCCCUCUCCGCGACGCCCAGUGGCGCUCCCUCUACGGCUUGUCGUAUCCCGUCUUUACGACCGUCGUCGAUAAGCUCAAACCCCACAUUGCUCUCUCCAACCUCUCCCUCCCUUCCGACUACGCCGUCGCCAUGGUCCUCUCCCGCCUCACCCACGGCUUCUCCGCCAAGUCCCUCGCCGCUCGCUACUCCCUCGAGCCCUACCUGAUCUCCAAGAUCACCAACAUGGUCACGCGCCUACUCGCCACCAAGCUCUACCCGGAGUUCAUCAAGAUCCCCGUCAGCCGCCGCAGGCUCAUCGAAACCACCCAGGCCUUCGAGGAGCUCACGUCACUCCCCAAUAUGUGCGGCGCCAUUGACGGGAGUCCGAUUCGUCUGCACAAGCAGAAUCUGUCUGGGAAUUACAAAUGCCGGUACGGCUACAAUGCUGUCCAGCUGGAGGUUGUUGCUGACCACAAGAAGAUCUUCUGGGAUGUCUGUGUUAAAGCUCCGGGAGGCACCGACGACGCCGCGCAUUUCCGAGAGAGUUUGCUGUAUAACAGGCUUACUUCCGGUGACAUUGUGUGGGAUAAGGUCAUCAAUGUGCGUGGUCACCCUGUGAGGCCUUACAUUGUCGGGGACUGGUGCUAUCCUCUGCUGAGUUUCUUGUUGACUCCCUUUUCACCGAACGGGAUGGGGACGCCUGCGCAGAACUUGUUCGAUGGAAUGCUCAUGAAGGGGAGGUCUGUGGUGGUUGAGGCGAUUGGGUUGCUCAAAGGGAGGUGGAAGAUUCUGCAGGACCUGAAUGUCGGUCUUAAUCAUGUCCCGCAGACAAUUGUUGCUUGCUGUGUGCUGCAUAAUCUGUGCCAGAUUGCGAGGGAGCCUGAACCGGAGCCGUGGAAGGACCCUGAGGAGAAUGGGAUGCCUCCGAGGGUGCUUGACAGUGAGAAGUCGUUUUACUACUUUGGGGAAAGCUUGAGGCAAGCAUUGGCUGAUGAUUUGCACCAGAGGCUUUCAUCGAGAUAGGACAUUAUGUCCGGAGUAAAGGGAUGGCUGUCCUCAACCGUUUAACCUAUGUACGGAUUUCCUUUCAAAUGUAUUUCUUUCAUUGCUCAUUUUCUAGGUAGGCUGCAGAAUUGUAUUUCGGAUGAGUAGGGCUAAUAUGUAAUGACUGUCAUAUAGUUGUUGGGACCAACUGACUUGGUAAUGAAUUACAAGAUUGAUAAAAAGUGUGGAAAUGCCCUAGUUGUUUAUC